CCGGCAGCCACCAUGGGAUUCUGGACCACUUGCCCUUCCUUCUCCACCAUCUUCUUCCUCAUCAUCUUUGUGGUGUCCCUGAUCUUCCACUGCCACCAGCGCCUGGCCCUGGUGCCCGCCCCCUGGGCCUCCCGGGGCCUCGUGGUCCCGGUCCCCCGGCACCUCCCCCAGGGGGGCAUGUGGACCAUCAACGCCAUCGGCCGCCUGGGCAACCAGAUGGGCGAGUACGCCACGCUGUACGCCCUGGCCAAGCUGAACGGGCGGCCCGCCUUCAUCCCCGCCGAGAUGCACAGCACGCUGGCCCCCAUCUUCAGGAUCUCCCUGCCGGUGCUGCAGGGCGCCGCGGCGCGCGGGGUGCCCUGGCGGAACUACCCGCUCCACGACUGGAUGGAGGAGCAGUACCGCCACAUCCCCUGGGAGUACGUGCGCCUCACGGGCUACCCCUGCUCCUGGACCUUCUACCACCACCUGCGCCCCGAGAUCCUGCGGGAGUUCACGCUGCACGACCACGUGCGGGCCGGGGCGCAGCGGUUCCUCCAGACCCUGCAGGCCACGCGGGGCCCGCAGCUGACCUUCGUGGGCGUCCACGUGCGCCGCGGGGACUACGUCCGCGUCAUGCCGCGGGUGUGGAAGGGCGUGCUGGCCGACCGCGGGUACCUGCGGCAGGCCCUGGACUGGUUCCGGGCCCGCCACCCCUCCCCCGUCUUCGUGGUCACCAGCGACGACAUGGCCUGGUGCCGGCGGAACAUCGACAGCUCCCUCGGGGACGUGGUGUUCGCGGGCACCGGGCGCCAGGGCUCCCCGGCCAAGGACUUCGCGCUGCUCACGCAGUGCAACCACACCGUGUUCACCGUGGGCACCUUUGGGGUCUGGGCCGCCUACCUGGCGGGAGGGGACGCCGUCUACCUGGCCAACUUCACCCUGCCCCAGUCCCGCUUCCGCACAGUCUUCAAGCCGCACGCGGCCUUCCUGCCCGAGUGGGUGGGCAUCGCCGCCAACCUGGGGCCGGCCGGAGAAAACAGCCCCUAG